AUCAGGACCAACGCAGCCUAUAAAACCGAACUCACGACGCCGGUACCAUUCAGUUGGUACGACCUAAACUUAACCGGGCUUGUGUGUCUUAACUCUUAAAAAAAAAAAAUACAAAAUUAAAAAUGAAAGUUUUUGUUGUUUUCGCGAUUUUGGCUGUAGCCGUGUACGGUGCUGAUGAAAAGAAAGAGGAAACCAAAACUGUUGAAGUCGAAAGACCCAAGACGUUUAAGAGGUUGAUUCCUGCUGAUGUUUUAAGAGAUUUCCCAGGGAUGUGCUUCGCUUCAACCAAAUGUGCCACAGUAGAACCAGGUAAAACUUGGGAACUGUUCCCGUUCUGUGGCCGUUCCACUUGUGUCGUUUCCGAAGACCAGCCGCCACGUCUUUUGGAAUUGGUCGAAGACUGUGGACCUUUGCCUUUGGCUAACGACAAAUGCAAACUUGACGAAGAUAAAACCAACAAAACCGCUCCAUUCCCCGCUUGUUGUCCAACUUUCAAAUGCGAAGAAGGAGCCAAACUUGAAUAUCCCGAAAUUCCAACUGUAGCCCCCAUUCCCGAAGGUUCUACUGAAGAUGCGACUACCACCACUACUGCUAAAACUGCCUAAAUAAAAUUUUCAGAAUAAUUUAAUUUCAUUUUGUAAACUCAAUACCUACUUGAUAGACUCAUUUGAAGCAUUUUUAUCAAAAACUUUGUUCUUAUUUAAUUUUUAUUAAAUUUUGUUUUUCUUCAUUGUUGUAUAUCUACUAAACCGUUUUAGAAUCUCCCUUUAGUUAGUAUUAUCUAAAUGUAAUUCCUAAUUGUGAUACG